GCCUCAAAGAAACGAUCGCCGAGGCGCCGACUAUUGCCCAAAAAGACCGCGAGUGCCUCCUGCCACCAACCUCCUCGACGCUAUGACGCUUACCCUCAAGGCGGCCAGCAAAGCAUUCGCUGCUGUCAUUCUCGCGCCCGUGGCCAUUGCAGGGUUCGCGCUCUUCCUCGCAGUGUGGUUCGUCAUGACGAUCACGUUCGUUGGACCCCUUGUCCAGUACUGCUGUAACCAGCGGGACCGAAAGCUCCUUGACCGUUCACGUCUUUGCGAACGCGUCCCAGACUUACAGUUCAUCCGAAUUCCUCACGGCAACAAUUGUGCGGGAUUCGAUCUCGCCGUGCGAUUCACUCGAUCGACCACGUCGACAACGCUUCCCCCCGUGUGUAUUCCCAACGGUCUUGGCGCGUCCAUGACAACCAUCAGUCAGCUACAUGAAGAACUUGUCAAACGUGGGCACACCGUUUUGUCGUAUGAUCGCCUUGGAGUUGGCUUGAGCGACCGGAACACGACGGGGGUGUCGCCCACCGCCGACGACGUGGUCAAGGACAUGGAAUUUGUUCUGUCGUCCGUGCUUCCUCCAACCACAAAAUGGCUUGUCGUCGGACCUUCCAUGGGCAGCAUCGUUGGCCAGUAUUUUGUCGCGACGUAUCCGAAUCGGGUGGUGGCAUUUUUGAACAUGGACGGGUUCCCGUAUCCGUUCUGUCGCCGCCGCGCAAAAUUUGUGUUGGCGGGACUCAUCUACAAAGCGUACGCAGCUAUUAUUUGGACGGGGGUGAUGCGGCCAUUUAUUUCGAUGGGCAUCCAGUCGUGGCGCAGUCGUCUCCAAAGUGCCGCGUUCUCUAUCGAUGUCGUGCGCGCUGAAACCAACCAGGCCAACUUUUUCCGAAACCUCGCCCACGAAAUGAUCACGAUGAUCGACCUGGCGGACAAGGUGAAUGCGGCGUGGGGGAGCCAGAGUUGUCUCGAGCUGUCACCCGCCGACCUCCACACGCUCGCCCACACGAAGCCAUCGGCAGUUGGGGAUGUGCGCGACGAUGGUGAGUGGGUCCCAAUCGACGACAGCGCCAUAACCGAUCAACUCAUCCCGAACUACGGGACGAUUGAACCCGCCGAGACUGCGCAAGCAAUUGCGAGUCUUCUUGCGCGACAACCCCAGUCGCAACUCGCCAAAACGUGGCAAACCCUGCAUGUCGACGUCAUGAGCGGACGCAACUUUGAUUACGCUGGCGCGAGUAUGUUUAUCGACGAUGAGAUGAAGGACUGGUAUGCUGCGGAACACACGAUCCAUGCGCUUUUGGCAGCUCGCGGCUGCCGCACUGUGUUCCCGACCAAGGCGCACUCGGAUAUGUUUGCCAUGGUCCAGUGCAUCGCAGAUCACGUUGACAAGCUCUCCGGGGCCAUCGACGUCUAGCCACAAGCAUUGCGCUGGCCAAGCACUGCUGCCUGCAACGUUUCAUCAUUGCAAUUAUCGCCUUAAAUCGUUUGGAUUGGUUGAUUAUGUUUAGUUUUAUCCAAUUAACUGGCGCCACAUCCGGAUACUCCACC